UACGGUUAUUGUUGAGAGAAGAGAGAAAGAAGAAAGAAUACAAAAGGAUCUUGGUAUUCAUCAUCUUCUGAAUUGGCAACUGGCUUUUCCUAGUCAUAUUUGUCAGGCCAGGGCCACGUAAUGUCGUUGGUUGAACUGGGUAAGCAGUUGCUUGACGCUGCCAAGAGAGGUGACACAGACGAAGUCAGGACCCUGAUGUCAAAUGGAGCCCCUUUCACCACAGACUGGCUUGGAAUGUCACCAUUACAUUUUGCUGCCAGAAACGGUCACUUUCAAACAGCUGAUGUCCUGUUGAGGGCAGGAAUUAGUAGGGAUGCUCGAACGAAAGUUGACAGAACGCCACUACAUGUCGCAUCCCAAGAGGGCCACGUAACCAUUGUGAAUCUAUUACUGGCCAAUUCUGCAGACAUCGAGGCGAAGGAUAUGUUAAAAAUGACCCCACUUCAUUGGGCCACGGAGAAGGGUCACUCGACCAUUGUUGAACUAUUAAUAAAGAACGGUGCUGACGUCAAUGUAGAUGACAAGUUUGAACGUACCACAUUAGACAUUGCACAUGGCAAUGCACGUCAGGAUAUUCUACAGUUGUUACACAUGGGGCAGAACAAUCCAGACUUGACUGGAUUGACGGAGGGCGAGACUGUCACCAUAGAAACAACAGACACGGAGGCACUGGCAUCUGCUGGUAUCGUCAGUCACGUAAUCGAAGAGAUCCCUUCAUCGGUUGUUGGAACUCCCAUAAUGGAAGCUCCGUCAACGCCAGUACCUAGUUCCGAAACCAAAGACGCAACUAAUCUAGUUCCUGUCACACUAGUGCCAACUGAGACAGCUUCAUCGAAGAAUGAAAACUCAGAACAAAGCAGUACCUCCGUUCUUGCCACUCUUGCAGUACUUGCAGAAGCCACAGCGCCUUUCAAUGCUCAAAACCCUAGUACAGCAGAAGCUAUGAGUUGGCUGGAGAGUCAAGGUAUAACUAUGAUUUCUACAAAUGAUGCUGGUAUCCUUACGUCAGCUGUUGAAAGUGGCCAGCCCAUAGCCCUCACAGAAGCUGGAAAGAUGGCGCUGAAUAUCUUCAAGCAGCAGGGCCUGCCCCACACUGUAGCAGAUGGAGAGACAAACGACACCGUUGUUGAUCCUGUUGUUGAGACAGUUGUUGGGGACACUAACGACCAAAAGGUCAUCACCAUAGUAACAACAGAUCAAGCCGAAGAGGAACCAGUUAUAGUGACAGUGACCCCAGAUGUUUCAAAUGAAGCUGCAUUGACUGUAGAGUCAGCCGAAGAACAACCCCCUCCAGCUAAGAAAUGCCGGGUGGAAGCUGAAGAAGAGACCACAGAGGCAGUACAGCUGGAUGACAUCUUAGAGACAACAGAAGCAGCGACGCCAGAAAGACCAACAGUGAGCGAACCCGACGCACAGGAAGAGCUUCGACGACAGCUGGAGGAGAUGAAGAGGCAGGCGGAGUCGUUCAAACAGCAGCUGAUGGUCAAGGAACAAGAAGCUGCAGUCUACAAACGACAGCUGUCCGAGAUGGGCAUAGCCAAGGCAGAUAUGGCACAUGCAGAUUUGACCGCCAGCAGUGGCGCUGGCAGCGGCGUUGUCGAGGAAAGCGACAUGAGCGUCGCCGAUAGCAACGCUGCCGACAACGGCAACAACGAGGAGGGCUUCGACCCCUCGGCAGCCGCGGAGGUCACCUUCGUCCCUGGUAACAUAGUUGUCGAGACUGUGACCAUCUCGAAGGAUGAGAGCGUGGACAUUGGCGCUGACGCUGGUGAUGACGAAGCUGGCGCUGGUGGUGAUGGUGACGUCGGUGAAGCCAGUACUGGUAGUGACGGUGGUGGUGGUGCUAAUAAUGACGCUACCAGUGCAUCGGUGUCCAUUAAAGACGAACCGCUGACCAUUAAGACUGAGCCAGUUUAGGAAGAUAACAGUGGUGGUGGUGGUGGUAGUGGUCAAGAUGGUGGUGUAUGCAGUGUAGAGCAGGGUGCUAUUUAUCAAGUUGCAGAUCCUUCCUCCACCUUUGUCAAACUGACCUUGCAUUCCAGCCAUGACCCUCUCGCCUGACAUCAUUUCAGAUGUGGUACAUGCAUUUAUGACUACGUUGCCAUCAAUGUGCACAACCUUGACCAGUGCCCCUCCCCUCUCUUUUUUUUUUUUUUUUGUUAAGACGAAAAGAGUGGUUUUUCAGGGAGACUUUGGUUGCUAUAUUUAGUUAAUCAAAUGACCAUGUAGAGGCUUCUCCCUCUUUUAUCCUUGGCUUGAGGGAUGGUCACGUGAUUAAGAAUCUACAAUGUAAUAUCUACGCUGUUGUUGUUUAGCCCUAGGUCAACCUUGAUCUAGUAGACCUAUUAUCAAAGACAUUCCAACCAUAGUCAUCUUGCUUUCCUUCCCUACAUGCAGGGAACCCAGGAACAUAUUUCUAAGGCAUUUUUAGGGAGAUUGGCUACUAUUUUUAGCUGAUUGAAUAACCUCAAAAGUCUCUUUUGGAUGUAACAGAGGUGUAUAAUUGUAGACUUCAUUGCUUUUUUAGCUUUCUUGGCCACUUCUGUGCAUGGUUGUUUGGCUGUUAUUUCUAACACAUUAAGUUACCAUGUAGAGGUCUCCCUCAUUGACGUGUACAUACAUAUAUACUUUUUGAGUGGUUUGAGGGAGAUUUGGAUACUAUUUCUAGCUUGAUGGUUCAUAUGUACAUACAUACAUACAUACAUACAUACCCAAAACAAUAGGGUAUGAUUUGAGGGAGAUUUGGUUGUUAUAUUUAACAGGUUUACUGACCAUUUAGAAGUCUCCCUCAUUGGCUCGUAUAUAUAU